UGCACAGCGUACCGGUAAUUCGCCGGGUCUGGCAGCGCUGCGCCUUUGUUGAGGUUUUCCAAUUGGAUUUUUUAGAUUUAAUUGGACUUGAUUUUGGCAAUAAGAAAGGGAAGCCUGAAAAACGGAGAUUCUGGCGAGGAUUGGCAAUGAGCAGCGGCCACGCCGGCUGCAAGCGCGCGCACAGCAUCGAGGUUGAGCAGCCGCUGGAGGCGGAGUGCGUGGAGCACGGCCUGCUCCUGGUCAAGGGACGCCUUUCGCCCAAGUGCUCCUCGGCGCGGCAGCUGAAGGCCAUCCUCGACCUGCCCGAGCGCCUGUCCCGCGAGCAGCUGACCCAGCUGUCGGCCGGCGGCGAGUUCAAGCUGCUCUUCGACUUGGAACGCGAAGAUCCGCUCGAGGAGAGCUCCUGCCUGCUGGAACUGCGAUCCUGCACCGCAGCCCGGUCGAUCAGCUUCCGGUACCGACCGCGACGGAGCUCCUAUCGGGUGCAGCCGCUCUACCUGCUCUGCCGGGACGAGGAGAAGCCGCUGGAGCAGCAACGCGAGCUGCACUCGCUCAUCGAUCUCAAUCUGCGCUUGGUGCAGAGCAUCUACGCCCACAAACUCCGGGCGGCCGGCUUCCCCAAUCGCACGUUCACCCUGAACGGCCAGUGCUGCACCUUCCGCAGCCAGCUGACCCGUGAGCAGGCGCUGUCCAGCAGCGAGGACGAGCUGUGGCAGCACUUCGCCGGCGAGAUCAUCGCCUGCCCGCAGUGGGGCCACCAGCUGCUCCUCAAGUUCGUCGCCUUUGUGGGUUGCACGCGCUACGACGGCGACGGGGUGGCGGCCAGUGGUGACUCCUCGUACGCCAGCAUCCGACGUCAUCUGAAGGGACACGCUGCCCUCGGCGGCGGUGGACUGGCCCUCUUCGGGAGCGCCCACUUCUACGCCUGGCCCCGGAGCUUCGCGGAGAUCGGCGACUGUGUGCGGAGCUCUGAGCGGGUGGACAUCACCCGGCUGCCGGACGAGAGCAACUACCGGCGGACGUACGGCGGCGUCUACGCCAGCACCCUGGGCGCCGUCUGCCACGAGCUGGGCCACUGCUUCGACCUGGGCCACACCACCGAGGGGGUGAUGGGCCAGGGCUUCGACUAUCUCAAUCGCGUCUUGACCGUGGACCAGCCCACGGAGCACUUGCCCCAGAGGAUUGUGGAGUCCAGGAGAGCGGCAGCAGCAGCAGCAGCAGGAGCUGAGGGAGGGUCGGGAUCCUCAUCCACCUCCGCCGGUAAUAGAGCCCGCUUCACCAAACUGAAACUGCAGAACAGCAGCCAACUGCUGGACAACUAUCACAACCAGAGGCGCCACGAUAGCUUCUACUUUGCCCGCAACUGCGCCGUCAUACUGGCCCACCAUCGCUGGCUCAACCUGGAACUGGAGAAGACCGCCGCCGAAGGCUUUGAGCCCGUCGACAUCCAGCUGAAUCAGGCCACCAAGGAGAUCCUGUCCAGCAGGCCCAUCCGGCUGGUCGAGCUGCGCUGCAACCAGAACAGUCUGGUGGCCCACUACGAGGAGUUCGAGCAGGCGUCCGAGUCCGUGCUCCGCUUCCAGCUGCCCGCGUCCCUGUGGCAUCUGCUCGCCGAGCAGCGCACCCACUACGUCUUUGUCCUGACCACCAGUGGCGAUACCAAGCGGCUUUCCUGCGACGCCUAG